AUGAACUCGUACCCGCCCGAGUUCCUCGCGCACCCCCAGCCGCUCAUGUUCGUUGCCGGGUUGGGGAGCGACCCGGCGCCGACACCUUCCUCCCCUCCUCCCUCCGGCUCUAGCUCAGCCACGAGUCCGCGGACCCAGAGCCCAGUGAAGCAGUCCGCUACUCCCGAGCGCCAGCCCACCGGUGACGGCGAGUUUGACACGCUUCUCUCCGAUCUCCGUCAAACGCUGCGGCCUUACCAGCACCCGGCGCGCGUGUGGCUUCCUCCGAGUGAGCGGCGGCAGUUCCGCGUAGAGCUCGUCGACAGGAACGUCCAGCUGCCCGCGCGCAAGGCUGCCCCAGGCGCCGAUGGACGGUCCCACUCCCCCCUCUCGCCCUUGACGCCCGGCAGUCCCAUGAGCCCGGACGGGCUCAUCGCACCUGUCUGGGUCCGGAAACACGCCGAGAGUGUGCCUGCUGUCUUUGUCUCCUUCAUGCGGCUGUACGAGCCCCCGUCACCGCAUGGAAGUGCCGGCUCACCGCUGGGUCAGGACAUGAUGGCCGAGGCGGAACGGCAGGCGGAAAGGCAGGCAGACGAGAACCUCGUCAGCGAGAUUGCGGAGCUGCGGAAGAGGCUCGCGGAACGGGGAGUCAAGUUGACCGUUGUUCUCAUUGCGAGCGCGCAGACGCUGGACUCGCCGGGACUCGACUCGCGCUUGUCCAACCUGCGCCGCAGCGCCGGCCUGGGCGCCAAGGGCAGCCUGUUCGUCCUCACGCCUGUCCCCGCCGCCGAGCUGCCCGACUUUGUCCGCAGUCUGCAAGACGCGCUCUGGGAGCCGGCUUUGGAGUACUACGCCGCACACGGCAAGCGCGUCCGGCAGAAGCGUGGGCGCGUUCCCGCCAACAUUGGCGAGAGAGGCGGCCGCUCGCGUAGUGGCAGUAGCGCCGCCGCGCGUGCGCGUAGUGGAUCCUUCAUCCGUCCUCUGGGACAGCAAGGCUGGAUUGUCCGGUACGACUUCAAGGCCGGAUGGUUUGCCGAGUGCCGUGGAGAACUGGACCUCGCGAGGAGACAUUACGAGGACUGCUGGAACGAGCUGGCGCGUAUGUUUGGGAGUACCACGAUGCUGCCGCCUCGGACAAAGCGGUGGGCGGAGGCCAAGGUCCUCGCUGACUGCGUGGCUAUCAAGUUACUCCUGUACGAGGGCUCAGGAUCGCGUGUCAUGGUGCCGUUCUUCGUGCACGUGCGGCGGUUUGCGGACUUGUCCCGCGGUUGGGGCAUCGGCGAGGAGACGUUCGAGUUCUGGUCUUGGGUCGCGCGGCAGUACCGACUCUUCGGGGAGGUGCUUGAGCUCGCGAUCCGACAUGGCUUCCGGGUCCCGCCGUUGCCACUGCCACAGAUGUCGACGCCGACCGUGCCACCAACGCCCGAGGUGCUCGUCUCCACCGUGAACCCGCUGCAUCUCCUGCAUCCACCGGCCUACUACUUCUACGCAGCGGCGACGUGUACGAUGGAGCGCAAGGCGCGCUUCGACGCCGCUCUCGCCGCGGAGCAGGAGACGGGCUCUGUCGCGCUCGCCGGCGCCCCUGGCUUUGCAAACGAGAAAGGUGUCGAUCACUCGGCACUCAUCAUCGACCUCCUGACGAAGGCUGCCGCGCUUGGCGGUCCCGGCGCUGCAGGCGCAGGGUUAGAGCUGUAUGAUGCUUACCGCGUUGCGGACACGUACGUGCAGUCCGGAAAGUACGAGGAAGGCGCGCGCUACCUCGCCGACAUCGUGGGCAAGUUCCCCGCCUGGGGUCCCAUAACGCGGGAGCUUCAGGCGCUGCAAUUGCAGUGUGUCCGCGAGACGGGCGACAAGGAGACGAACGCGGCCCUCGUCGUUCAGAUGCUCGCACCAGGGUGGUUCCGCAACCGCGCGAAACUCGUAAAGGAGUUGAACACGCUCAUGGAAGGUACGGCACCGGCCGAUCCCAUCGUCGUCGACAUGCCGCAGGGCGAGGGAUUGUUAGAGACCCGUGCGGGCUUCCGCAUGGCCGAAGCGCAAGCUGGCACGCCGCUCGCGUUCCAGGUUCAGAUCGGGAGCAGCGUUGACUUGGCUGACCUGCCUGUGACGUCGCUCAAGUUUGUGUUCAGCGACGAGCGCGAGGUCACCCUGUCGCCGGGCGGGGACGCUUUCGUCGAUGUAGGCGACUUGGGCACCUCGGGCAACAAGAGCGGAAAGGCGGCGCUCAAGUUCGGCGAGGGUAGCCGACUCGUUGUAAGCGGCAAGAUCAGCGCAGCUGAGGACGCCGACAGCUUCGAGGUGUCGGACCUCAUCCUUUGCAUCGGCACGAACGGAUGGACGAUAGAUGUUGGACUCAAGCCGGAGCCACUGACAGCGUGGACGACCAAGGCCGGCUCGUACGCGCCGGCUACCGGACUGCACUCGGCCGUCGAGAUUACGCCGCGUCUGCCUUCCGUUGACAUUGCGCUCUCGCAUCCUUCAACAGCUUACGUAGGGGAAGACUUCCCCGUCUCCGCGACAGUGACGGCCGACGCUGCCGCUCAGCUUGUCGUCACGGCUGCCUGUGGCGAGGAUGCCCUGCGCCUCUCUCACGGCGGAGACAGCGCCGAUGGCCGCCUCGUACUUGACCUGAAGGCUGGCGAAUCGACCGAGGUGUUCCGCAUCGUCUCUCCCCGCCCGGGCGAGUGCAGGCUGACCUUUGCCGUCGGCGACGCGACCGAGACGGCCAUACUGGCGAUAGUGCCGCCAUUCCGCGUCUCGCCCAGCAUGAAGAAUAUUGGGUCGCAGGCAAUCGUCUCUGCCGCGCUCAAGCUGGGCGGCCAGCGUGCCGUGCAGGUCAAGGCCAUCACGGCGCUCGGCGAGGGUAAAGUCGACGACUCCCUUGGAGCAGAGACAUUCCCACACAGCAAGGUCGUCCCUGGUCUCAAGGUCGUGUGGCGGCCGGUGUCCGAGACUUCUCCUGAGCGGCGCGAGCCAAGCUCGUCAAGCGACGAUUCGCCCUUCCUUUCCAACCCUUCCAAAUCCAAUCCGGCAGAGACCGACAUUACGACAGUCAUUGCGCUCCCGCCAAUCCAUGCUCCUCAGCCCGACAGCUUCCUAACGGCCGAGGUCAACCAGCCGGCCAGCGUGCGCCUGAAUGAGCCGUUCACGCUCAAGCUGAACGUGCGCAACUCGCACCCGACCGAGAGCGUGUGGGGCAUCGUGUCGGGCGAGACGAGCGAGCACUUUGUCUGGAGUGGGCCGCGGGGCGUCCGCGUUGCUGUUGAACCGAAGCAGACCGAGGAUAUCGAGCUCAGACUGGUCGCAGUCGGCGGCGUCGGUACGUUAGCCUGGCCUGGUAUCAGUGUCAGGGAAGGAGACGGGGAGGAGGUCGAGGUGCGCCGGAGCGGCAUUGUCGUCCUCCCGUAG